UUCUUUUUGCGUUUUUAGGGAGAAAUUUAUUUAUUAUGAUUUAGAUCUUACGGAACUGAAUUUUUGCUAUAUUUUGCACCUUUAUGCUACCAGUAGACACUGCUUAAGUUUGACUUACUGUUUGUUAGGGUGAAUAUCGUAAUUCAAUGGUGAAAUUUUGAUUUUUUUUUUUGGUUUCCAAUAUUUCACUACUAUUAGAUUAUGUAAAACUGAUUUUAGAACAGUAAUGAAAAGUUGAUGCUUGAUCAGGCUUACGUUGAUAAUGUGGAAUUCAGCUUGGAAAACAGCUUUGCUAUCCUCGUCAACAGUUACAAUUGAGCUUAUUUUAUUCUCAGAUAGGGAAACUUGAAUAUGAUUUGAAAUUAUAGUUAAAUCAUGCAUUAAUUGAUGUGCAAACUCACACGGGAACACAUAUAACUCAAAUAGUGUUUGAAGGGGAGCCUUGGCGUAACUGGUAAAGUUGCUUCCAUGUGACCAGGAGGCCACAGGUUCGAGCCGAGUAAAAAGCAUCUUGCAGAAAUGUAGGGUAAUGAUGCGUACGAUAGGCCCUUGUGGUCCGGUCCUUCCCCGGACUCCGCGCAUAGCGGGAGCUUAAUGCACCGGGCUGCCCUUUUAUUGUUUGUCAGGACGUUUUCUAUUCAUCUCGAGUAGCAAAUACAAGAUUCCUUGUUUACUCUUUUCUUUCCAGUAUUUUGAUUAUGAUUUCUUUUUUAGUAUUUUACGCGUCACAGCAAUUAGGAAUCAAGAAUCUAUAUCUUUAGAUCAAAGAAGGUUCUAGCUGUUGGAAUAAUGGUAUCUUUCUGUGGUAUUGUGUUCAGCUCGGUCUCUGUGCAUAUAUAGUUGUGAUUAUUACGUACAUGCAUAUAGGUCCGAACCCAUUUCUCAAGGAAGUAGUGGGUGCAGCAGUACUCUGCAUUUUACUGACUUAAUGUCCAUUAUACACCUUCUGCUGUAGUACCUUUAUUAGAGCUCAUGGACUCUACCCGCAUGUAUGCCGUAAAUCUCAGAAUAAUAUAUUGAAGUUGGGAAAAUGGCUGACGACAGUAAGGCAACUGAGAACCAUAGCGUCACUUCUGAUAAUAACUUAUCUCCAGAGAGCUGUAAUGAGGUAUCAAUUGAUUCCUUAGCACGACAGGUGCAAGAAUCUCUCUCACUGGCGAAGAAGCAUAAGUUUUGGGAGACUCAACCAGUGGGCCAGUUUAAGGAUCUUGGAGAUACAAGCUUGCCCGAAGGUCCUAUUGAACCUCCAACACCCUUAUCUGAAGUUAAGCAGGAGCCUUACAAUCUUCCUAGUCCAUAUGAGUGGACCACCUGUGAUUUGGACUCCGAAGAUAUGUGUAAUGAGGUCUAUGUUCUUCUAACAAACAAUUAUGUCGAAGAUGAUGAGAACAUGUUUAGGUUCAAUUACUCAAAGGAAUUUCUUCGAUGGGCACUUCAUCCUCCGGGUUACUACAAGAGCUGGCACAUUGGAGUCAGAGUGAAGACCUCGAAGAAAUUGGUUGCUUUUAUUACAGGGGUACCGGCAAAGAUACGCGCUAGAGAUACUGUUGUGGUCAUGGCAGAGAUAAACUUUCUGUGUGUUCAUAAGAAGCUUAGAUCAAAAAGACUUGCUCCUGUCAUGAUAAAGGAGGUCACGAGGAGAGUUCACUUGGAGAAUAUUUGGCAAGCUGCUUAUACAGCUGGGGUGGUCCUUCCGACACCUAUAUCAACAUGUCAAUAUUGGCAUAGAUCUUUGAAUCCAAAGAAGCUUAUCGAUGUUGGGUUUUCUAGGCUUGGCCCGAGAAUGACGAUGAGCCGCACAAUAAAGCUGUAUAAGUUACCUGAUCAGACUGUCACACCUGGGUUCAGAAAGAUGGAGCCCCAUGAUGUUCCCGCCGUUACUCGGUUGCUUAGGAAUUACUUGAAGCAGUUUGCAGUUGCACCUGAUUUUGAUGAAAAUGACGUGGAACACUGGCUUCUGCCAAAGGAGGAUGUUGUUGACAGCUAUCUGGUUGAAAGCCCCGAGACUCAUGAAAUCACGGACUUCUGUAGUUUUUACACACUUCCUUCAUCGAUUCUUGGUAAUCAGAAUUAUUCCACUCUGAAGGCUGCUUAUUCUUAUUACAACGUUUCCACUAAGACUCCAUGGAUUCAGUUGAUGAAUGAUGCCCUCAUUGUGGCAAAGCAAAAGGAUUUUGACGUUUUCAACGCCCUAGAUGUUAUGCAUAACGAAACUUUCUUGAAGGAACUUAAGUUUGGCCCUGGUGAUGGGAAACUCCACUACUAUCUCUACAACUAUCGACUAAAGCAUGUUUUAAGAUCAUCAGAACUUGGGCUUGUACUGUUGUAGUUUGUGCACUGAAGAUUGUUGGCUGCCUGGGAAGCAUUUUUGGUAAUAUGUGUUCAGUUCUCGCUUUAGCGCCCCCUUAAUUGCCCUGUUAAACUUUGUUUGCAUCCAUGUCUAGAUUUAGGCGCCAGUGUGAAACUUCUGAAUAUAAUUUCUUUUUUCCUCUUAAUUUAAUUGUACUUUAUGAUGUC